AUGUUUGAGAAUUCUCUCCCGCCUGCAUCCAGUGCACAGAAUUACGUGAAUGUGGCCGCAAUAAACGGAGGCGAGAUCAGCCUCCCUGAAGCAUCAUUCGUUUCCCCCAACGGCCCCAACACCGUGAUCACCGUGCCUUCACUAAGCUUCUUGGUAAUCCACCCCGGAUCCGACGGUCAACCCGAACCAAAGUACCUUCUCUUUGAUUUAGGCCUCCGGGCCCAGUUAGACAACUACACGAAAGAAAAUCAAUCCCAUAUUGAAUCCCGCAUUCCUUACCGGCUUGGCCCAGGAGUGGCCCAAUCUUUGUGCAGCGGGGGCCUGGAUCCUUCUUCCAUCGAUACCGUGAUACUCAGCCAUGUCCAUUAUGAUCACCACGGCGAUCCGGCAGAUUUCUCUCGGGCGCAAUUCCUUCUCGGAUCUGGCUCCCUUGACCUACUUCAUCAUGGCCUUGGACUUAGCGCCUCACAUCAAUUUUUCGAUCCAAACCUCUUCCGCGACAUGUCAAGAGUGAGCGAGCUCCCCGAACCUCGGCCACCUCUUUGGAAGCCUAUUGGCCCUUUUGAAGCAACGCUGGAUCUGUUUGGUGAUGGCUCAGUGUAUGUUGUUGAUGCCCCGGGCCACCUUUCAGGGCAUAUAAAUCUCCUUUGUCGUCUAGGACCCCAAAAAUGGAUCUACCUUGGUGGAGAUAGCUGUCAUGAUCUUCGGCUUCUUAGUGGGGAGCGGGAAAUGGCUACUUGGGUUGAUGUGCAUGGGCAAACAAAUUGUAUCCAUGUGGAUAAGAAUCAGGCAGAGGAUACUCUUUCUAGGAUUAGGACAUUACAACAGAUGAUGGGGACAGAUGUAGAGAUUGUUAUGGCACACGAUGGGCAGUGGUGGGCGAACAAUCAACAUAGAGCAUUUCCAAACAUUUGA